GCGGCCCUCAAGACAGACAACAAAAUGAAGGUGAAGAUCUUCAAAGACAUCAGAGACCUCAUCUUUGGUCUCAGCGAUGAGGAGUGGAACACAGCAACCAGGGACAUUUCCUACAGAUACACCAAAUUGGAAAUGAUCAUUAUGUGCUCGUCGAUGGUGAAACUCUUGUCGACUCACGUUAUCGAGUCCGUCCUGCCCACUAUCAUCGAUGCCGUUGGAAUAGAGCCUGUUCUCCAAGCGGAAGAAAAGCUAAAAGAAAAAGCUGCCCAGGGUGCACAGGCGUACCACGCUACGUCUCAAGAAUCACUAGAAGACCCAUGUGACUGUCUAUGCAGCUUCAUCGAAGGAGUCGUGACCCAAAUCAAAGAAGCCAUAAAGCAGGCACUUUUGCAGUUCAUCUCCGUUGAAACUCCGACUCAAAGUCCGAAGUUGGCGAUAGCCGAUCCUGGUCAACAAACGUCAGACGUAACCGAUGGUCUUACGUCCUUAUACACCAAAGCUAUAAUCCUCGAGUUGAUACAGCUUAGUUGUCCAGGUAUUUCUCACCUAGUGCCAAAAGGGAAAAAACCUGACCAGCCUGUCUCCUUUUACCGAGUCAUACGGAGCAUCAUGAAGGCCAUGAGACACACAGAGGACAUUCAAGGAUGUCCUUCCACAAGCGACGAUAAGGAGAGUACGACUUCUGGUGGGAGUGAGAAGACUAUUUAUGAUGAGAAGUUCAUAAAGAAGGCAGUGCUCGCGAUAAGCGGUAUCCUCCGCGAGGCAAAGGAUCAAGUCAUUUCCGCAGGGUUUUCGUGUCCCUGUCUCGGCCCCUUGGGUGAAAUCGCGAUCACCGAAUCAGCAGUCCGCUUGUGGCCGACAGCUUCGCAAAUCACUGAGAAGUUCCUGAAAGGUUUAAAAAUGCACUCCGAUCAGACGAAUCCCGAUUCGAGGAAACUCCUUCCUUCACGGAAUGAUUUUUUCCCGGCUGCCUGUGAGACCUAUAAAUGUGUCCAGAAGGAGGUCAUGUCUUUUCUUUUUAAGGUCCAAAAGUCAGCAGAAAGCAAUUGCCAAGUGUCAGGAAACAGUGACGUGUCUUCAUCCACACACUCAUCGGAACAUGGAAAUCCAUCCAUGAGGAACGUCCUGAAAGGCAGCAGCACAAGCCUUGACGAAAAGGAGCUGCUCCAUAUCGACAAGUGCACGGACCAAGUGAUUUGCAAGAUCUUGUCCGUGUACAGGACGCAAAACCAAGAACUGUCCUCUGAUCGCUGGCGGUCGGCGUGCUCUCAGGCCGUGUGUGAUCUCCUUAUCAGAAACGUGCAGAUCCUCCAUCCAGGUAAAACCAAAAGGACGAGUCACAGAAGACUUUCACGUAGUCUGAUAAAAUAUCUGGAAUCUGCAGCCUUGAAUAUAGCACAGUCUUUUUCAAGAGAUUUGGAGGACCGUUUAGAGGCCGCGUCUGGGGACGAAACCCAAAACGGAUACUCAAGCCUGAACUACAAAAGCGCUUUAGAUUACACGAACAUCUUAGCUCCUUUCCAUCUGUUCCGGAACGUGAGAGAUCAGAUCCGGAACGUUUUCUCCACGGUAAACGCAGCGGACCUAAGCGUCAGGACAACUGAAAAAUCGAUGGAAGAAGAUGACGUUCUGAAAUCUUCCCCCGAUCACGAAGGUUUCUCCCAUGGCUUCGCCCAGCGUCAGUUUCGAAGACCGAGCUCAGCAAUAAACCAGCUGAAGUUUAUGCUGUCUAGUACCGGCACCACGCCGCUUACAAAUUCCAUCUCGACCCUUCUGAGCAGUAUGAUCGGAGCCAUAAGUAUUCUGAGGAGGUUCUCUCACUUGAUUCAAAAGAAAGCAGCUCCAAUAAGUAGCGCUCGUAAUAUUUCCAUGCUAGUCGACAACGUCGCCCUGGAAUUUAUUAAACAUUUAGCCGGAUACUUCAUGAGCACCGUGUCAACGUUUUCCCAUUUGCCUGUUCAGACGGAGACGCUAAGUUGCUUCAAUGGAAAGUUGAAAACAGACUCUGGACAAGAGAUAAUCGUCGCGCUCUGGGAUUUGACAAACAGCCUUUCAUGUUUCGUGACGGAAUUCAUGAAAGCGUUGGCCACACCCACAAAAAGGACUCGAAGUCAGGAAGGCCAAUCUAGUGCGAUGGAUAACGAGUGCCCCGGCCCACGUCUUCACCCUCCUGUGGGCAAAAAGAAGAAGAGGAGGAGACCCGCCAUACACUCAAGUAAAAGGUCAACAAACCCGAGCGGCCCUGCAGGCCAUCAGAAAAUAUACUCUUUUAAUGGAGUGAAUGGUAAUAAAGGGUCUUCAGUAGAGACACUUGGCUGUUAUCUGUGCAGGAAUUUUUCCGCUUUCUUCCGCGUCCUGAGAAAACGCUUCAAGCGCUGAACAUGAGGCGAUCAAAUCGGUUUGGACCCACCUUUUUAUCUUCUUCUUUCAGCCUCAUAAGGUAGUCAACUAUCUUGAAGGAGUUCCCAGAGGUAUUGAGAACUUCUUGUUGUCUCCGUUCCAACUCAACCCAAACCAUCUCAAUAAUACCGGAUUUAGAUCAGAUGAUUGUGGAAGCCAGAUCAUCUGAUCCAGCACUCCAUCACUCUCCUUCUUGGCAAAUAGCUCUUACGUAACCUAGACGUGUGUUUGAGGUCAUUGUCCUGCUGAAGAGCAAAUAAUAAUCCCACUAAGUGCAAACCAGAUGGGAUGGCAUGUCCCUGCAGAAUGCUAUGCUCUUUAAACGUGCCUUCAAUUUUCACCCAGCCACCAACAGUGUCAUCAGCAAAGCAACUCGACUGCAUCAUUCCAUGCUUCA